UUGGCGCAAAAUGAAAACCUAAACCCGCCCAAACCAAAACAUUCUUCUCAAUCCUUCCCUAAAUCCAUUGUUUAUGCUUCUCACCAGAAUCUCUGUUUUGCUGAGCUUUUGUUCCCUAAAUCCAUCGUCUAUCCUUCUCUAAACCCAUCUUCUCGUCAGAAACUCUGUUCGUUGGCUGCUGCUGCUCUUGCUUGUUGUUCGCCUGUUGCCACACUUCCGACCUUCUUCCUUUGUCUUUAUUUAUCCUUGACCACUGAGCCACGACCCACCACACCCCUCGUUAACUUCCACUGCUUCCUCUGCGUCAACCCUCCUUGCACAGCCACUGCCAGCGUCAUUCUGGCAACUUCUAUCGCGCUACCGCAUUCAUCCCCUCUGCUCAUUGCAACUGCUAGCUGCUCCAAUUCUGAGUUCAACUAGCAUCUCCCUCUCCCUAUAACUCAUUUUGUCAAUUCACACCAGGGAUCGAUAAUUUGCAUGUCUUAUUUAGCUAUGAUUCCAAACUUGAUAUCUUUCAAGCAAGGUAAUCGGUGAAGAAUUUUGUUCUUAUUUUUUUAUUUUUAAUUUUAAUGCCUUUAAUAGUGUAUGUAGCAAAAUUCAGGCCACUCAUUUGUUAUUGCUACUGCCAUGGGAGUUGUGUUCGUUGGUGAUACUCUGUAUAUUGGAAGUUUAUGAUGAAAAAGGAAAAGAACUUUGGAUGGAGCAUUCUUUCAAUUGGAUUCUUUUUUGGUUUUAUCCAUGGCAAAAUCUGGAAUGAAUUGUAGAUGUUCCUUCACAGCAUAGCAUGAUCUUGGGAACUCUUAUAUGGUGGAAGAUUUUGGAAAUCCAGAAAAGCAGGGGCGAGCCAUAUAUGGAGGAAGCACGAUGGGGAAGAACCAAUAUCUUCAAGAACGUGCCGCCGCAGGAAGAAACAGAGAUUGGAGAAGUGGCUCUCGGAUAAGUGGAUCGGCAUGGAAUUUACUGCACGUCAGGCACCUGGUAGUAGGAAAAGUCAACUUAUUUCUUCUUGUUCUUCCUCCAUAUGCAUGCUGUUUCUAUUAUGAGUAAUGAAUUCUAAAGUGGAGUUAACACUAAUGGGCUUCAGUUUACAAACGAUAGAGUUAUUUUCUUUUUGCUUAUUGCUUCAAGUAUUAUUCUUUUUUGUUGGGUUUUGUUUUGCUGUUUAGGUUUCACACAAAUACCAACAAGUUACGGUUUAAAAUGUUGUUGUAAGUGAUUCUCUAAUUCACGGGUAAAAACAUGUAAGAAAGGUUUGAAGAUGAACCGGCGCUGGAGCGAGCCAAGUAAGCCCUUCAGUUGCUCAGAGAAGCACAAGCAUCUCCUUGGAGGGAAACCCUAGUUUCCUCCACCGCGAUCGCCGCCGCUGGGCUUCUGAUUGUCACCGUCAGUCAUGCCAGAGAUAUUUGUCUAUUCGUCCUACUCCAUGCCCACACCUCAAUCUCGAGUCUCGAGCUUCAUCGCAGUAGUUUUGGAGUCGUUGCGGCCUAUAACCACUCAUCUUGCUCAGUCGGUCUUUUCCCGCUGUCCCUCGUCGUGGUCAUCUUCUGCCGUGCUUGUCACGAGAAGGUAACAGUUGCUCUGCCCACUAAAUCAUUAGUAGUCCCACAGAAGAAUGGAUCGUGCAGAAAAUUACUACCCUGGUUCCCGAGUUUGAAGAACAAGAUGAUCCUGAAACACUUCUUGGGCCUUUGGCUAACAAAUUCAAGCCUACAGUAAUCAGUUCUUGGAUGGAGAAAAGGAAGGCAUUACUAACAGAAAAUGCAGACAAAAUGAAACGAUUGCUUGAUAAUUUGCAGAGGAAACUUGAUGAGUCCUUCUUAAACAUGCAGCUCUAUGAAAUAGCCUUGGAACUGUUUGAACAUGAUCAAUCAACUUCUAUUAACAAAGAACGAGAGGGUGGACAGAUUGACAGAUUCCUAUUGAAAAACAUUGUAGAUAUAUUUGUUGAGGUUGGUCUCGGGAAGUUGGAUCAUUACGAGCAGGAUUUUGAGAUACAAAUGCUAGAUGAUACAACCAAUUACUACAAAAGCAAGGGCACAAUAUGGAUUAAGGUUGACUCCUUUCAAGAAUAUCUGUCGAAGGCUCUGGAAUGCUUGAGAAAGGAGAAGAAUAGAGUAUCUCAUUAUUUGCACUCUAGCACUUGGCAAAAAUUGUAUAAGGUCAUCUUUUGACUUAUUCUUGAUUACAUGGAUUUACCUGAUGUUAACUGUUAUAUCUUUUGGUUCAUCAACUGCAUCUACAAUCACAUACUGCAUGAUAAUGAUGUAAAACUAGGGUACUGUGCCAGUUAAACCUUAUUUUGAUGAUUAAAUUAAAUAUUAAUGUUAUUUUAA